GAGGAGAGAAGCGAAGAGAUUCCGCAAAAGGACAUGCUUGAAACAGAACGAAGAACUGCGAUUAGUAUAUCACAGCUUGGACUUUAUUCUGAUCACAGUGAUCGGGAAACUAGAAAUCGUCACAGUAUUAUUACGAGGAAAUUCGCGAUUGGAGUUAUGGUGGUGGUUGCAGUGAUACUAGUUGGAAUAUUUUUAUACGAUUUCACAUCCGCCACAGCUGUAAACAGUAAAGUUAACCAGGAAUCGAAGCACAUGUACAUAUUGCAAAAUGCUCUAAAAAAACCGACGAACGUCACGAGGAAGUUCUCCAAUUCAACUCAUUUGCCAAAAUUGGAUCAUUCGACAACCAAUCCUGUUUACAUUCAGGAUCGGUCUGACAAUGGAAAUUCAGGGAACUUUCUUCCCUACUACGAUGCAGACAAUCAUAAAACGUCCGACCCUGAGUUAAGGUCGCAAAAUAUGCACAACUUUAAAUUACGGAAAAGAGUGCUGAAGUCUGUUGAAGGCAGCGCCGAUGAGUCAUCAGUGGAGAGCAAACAGUUGUUUGACAAUCACGCUGCUGUAUACCGCGUGAGACAAAGACACAGGUAUCCAGGUGCAGUGGAUGAAGAUGAAAGCUCGGAAGAAAGUCGUCCAACCCCAUUUCACUGGGAGUUGAAGUCACACCAGCCAACCGCGUUCAAGAGACUGAAAUAUCCUCAAUUGACUCAAUAUAGAUAUCCACAUGCAUCCAGAAACAUUCAGGAUAUCAUAAAGUACCUGACCAACGAAGCUGAACUGCCGAACAGAGGCAUCAAGUUCACAGGAGUCUACGUGAAUCCAAAGAAAUAUGACAUGCAAUCCGACAUCGGGGACGUUAUGUCCAACAGCGAUCGAUCGGAAGAAGAGGAGCCUUAUUCUAACGAAGAUCCAUUUUAUCAAUACAAACCAAAACAUCCGGGUGAUGUCAAUUUGUUGGCAACGUCUAACGUUAGAUUCUCUCCAACGGGUUUGCAGAGAUACAAUCCUUACUAUGACGCUUACGGCCGACCCGCCUCUUAUCCGACAUCAGCCGUAGACUCGCAAUACGAAAACGUGGCUCCUUAUUCCGGCAACCUUGGAAAGCGACGGAAGCCGAAGCCGUUCAGCGUGAUGCUAGACAUUUAUCCCAUCACGGACAUCGUAGAGCAGAAUAAAAAAAACACCAGACCGAAACAAGUACCUUUGGAAGAUUACGACAUCAGAAGACCGCUUCAAUAUAACCGAGGGCCAAAGUUCUAUGCGCCUGUCCCGCAGCAGGUGGUGGCGGUACCUAAUCAGCCAAUGACAGACGAAGAGGAAAGACAACAGAUGAUUUUUCAUUUAAAUUUGUACCCUAAACGAAAGAAUAAAAUCACUAGGCACGACAUCAUUCAUCGAUCGCAGUCGAUGGGACCGGAAGAUCGUCAGCAGUUUGUAAAUAAAGUCUGGUCGCCUUUGGAAACUAUUGCCAAGCAUCUGGCAGUGGAACGUUCGAAAUACGACAGCCCGAUCAGCUUAGCUUCGUCGCGUUAUCAAGAAACUGUUCUGGAAAAUAAAGACGAUGGUAAGUAUGAAAAGAGAAAGAACCCGCCGGGAACCAAUACUGACAACCCGGAGGAAACCGUAACGUUACCUUCGAAUCAUAAAUCAAGCAUUGAGGAGGAUUACGCCAGCACAGAAAAAUAUGAAUACGAAGCGUUGAAGAUUGUUGGAACCACUACAGAAAGUGAAAAAGAAGAUUCCACUACUUUGAUGCCGAUAGAAACAACAACUACUAAUGAAACUAAUAGCAUCGAUAUUGCAAAAGACGUCGACACCAUUGAAGGAUUCAAACGAUUCGUUGACACUGUAUCUAAGACUAAAUGA